UCGCUCCCAAGCGGCCGCCUCAUCAUCGACACCAUCAUCAAAUGGGAGGAGCGCACGAGGAGCGCCGGCACCCCCGUGUGUCAGAGGGCCGCACCGCGCUGCAGAUGAAGCAUGCCGGGCGACAGCGAGACAAAGCCAGGUGACCAAGCCGAAAAUGAGAGCAACACUCGGCAGCCUUUCCUCAUCGGCGUGGCUGGAGGGACAGCCAGCGGCAAGUCAUCAGUAUGCAGCAAGAUCAUGGAAAUGCUGGGGCAGAACGAGAUCGACCACCACCAGAGGCAAGUGGCCAUCCUCAGCCAGGACUGCUUCUACAGGGUCCUCACCCCAGAGCAGAAGGCCAAAGCGCUCAAGGGCCAGUACAACUUCGAUCACCCAGAUGCAUUUGACAACGACCUUAUAAUCGCGACCCUGUGGGACAUCAAGGAGGGAAAAACAGUACACAUCCCUGUUUAUGACUUUGUUUCCCAUUCCAGGAAGGAAGAGACAGUGACCGUGUACCCUGCUGAUGUGGUGCUGUUUGAGGGCAUCCUGAUGUUCUAUUCUCAGGAGAUCCGAGACCUUUUCCAAAUGAAGCUGUUUGUGGACACUGACGCAGACACACGUCUAUCACGGAGAGUGCUGCGUGACAUAAGUGAACGUGGACGGGACUUGGAAAGUAUUCUAGCGCAGUACAUUACUUUUGUCAAGCCUGCAUUUGAGGAGUUCUGUCUGCCAACGAAGAAAUAUGCUGAUGUGAUCAUACCGAGAGGAGCUGACAACCUUGUUGCUAUAAAUCUCAUAGUUCAACACAUCCAGGACAUUCUAAAUGGUGGUUUGUCCAAACGGCUGAGCGGGUGGUUUAAUGGUUAUGGAACAACAGCAAAGCAGGCGAACAUGGAGUCCAGCAGCCGGCCCCACUGAGCGUAGCACUCCGCCGAAGAGAGGAAGGAGGGUUCGCCUGUACGUGGAGAAUGUGCUCUACAAUGUGACAAGAAUAAUUGGCAGGAAGUCCAAAGGCCUCCAAUUGAUGAGAGUCAACUUUGACUGAAGAAAUUAAUAAGAAUGGCCAUUCCUUUGUGGAGCUGGUUUAAAGCUGUUGCAUUCAGUUAUAUUUUUCUCUUUAGCUUGUGUACUGUACGAGACUGGGAGAAAUACAAAUGGGCUAACUUGUAAUUUCACUUAAAACUGCUGCUUGCCUUUACCACAGAAAUGGAGAUGCUAACUAAAGAAGCAGUUAUGGUGUCUAAAAAAGAUUUCCGAACACUUGACAGCCUUUAACAAUACAAUAAAUGCAGUGUAGCAACAUGCUGUUUAAUGCCAGGGCCUUACCUUAUCUCACUACCAUUAAAGAUGCACUGUCUGAACAGA